AUGAGGCCAACAAAAUGGAAAGCGGCUGAUUGUGAUGUGAUCCUAAAAAAAAUUAAGCUCAGACUUCACACAUGGGCUAGCAGGCAUCUCUCAUAUGCAGGGAGGACUCAACUCAUUACUUCUGUCUUAUUGGGUUUGCGAAACUACCAGAUGAAUAUCUUCUUGCUCCCACAAAGUAUUGUCAAAGAGGUUGAUAAACUUUGCUUGUGGUUUCUGUGGGGUAACAAUGGUACCAGAAGCAACUUCCAUCUUGCUUCCUGGUCCAAAGUCUACUUGCCAAAAGCUCUUGGGGGUUUGGGUUUUGGUGAAGGAGCUAAAUGGAACAAGGCUAUGCUUGCUAAAUAUAUUUGGACCAUUAGUCACCAACAAGAGACUUUGUGGGUGAAGUGGAUAAAUACUGUCUACUUAAAAGGCCAAUGUUUCUGGCAUUAUCAACUUAAGGCCGAUUCAAGUUGGUAUUGGCGUAAUCUUUGCCACAUUCGAGAUGUCUUUACUCAAAAGGACAUAGAUGAUGCUGGCAGUCAAGGGACAUUCAAAAUUUGUAUGUUCUAUAAAAGAAUUAUCCACCAAGAUCAAGUCAAGUACCAUCAUUUUGUGUGGAAUAGGAUGAGUGUGCCAAAGCAUCAUUUUAUAAUUUGGCAAGCAGUGAAUGACAAUUUGCUAACUCGAGACCACUUGCAAAGGGUGCUUCUUCAUCUUGACAGCUACCUCUGCUCGGUUUGUGGUCAGACUGAAGAGAAUCAUGACCAUUUAUUCUUUAAUUGUGAUUUCUCUCAGCAGGUGGUGCACUUGAUCCAAGUUUGGGUUGGCUGUAAUUGGCCUCUUCGGUUCAAUGAUUGGACCAAAUGGAUUAAAGAUAUGAGAAAUGGUGUUAAGGCAGCGAUUGUGGCAGCAGUGUUUUCAGCAACAAUUUAUUAUAUUUGGCUAAAUAGGAAUUCUUGUAUUUUUAAUAGAUCCUCAUAUAGAGUGAAUGUUAUUGUAGACAUGAUAAAAAGAGAUAUAGUUUAUAGAGUUAGUUGCUUUACUCAAAAGAAAAUGAAAGAAAAUGAGAGAAUCUUUGUGAGGAAAAUGUGUUCCUUGUAA